AUGAACCAGCAGAACGUGGUCGACGACUUCGGGGCGUGGGACAGCGACGAUGAUGACGAGGCGCCGCUCGCGAAGAAAGCCAAGGGUAAAACGUCGAAGGCGAAGGGCAAGGGCAAAGGGAAAGGCAAGCGCGCAGCGUCAGAGGAUCCGCCGACAACUAUGGCCGAACUUCGCCGGAGGAACCAGGAAGAGCGCCGCCGAAUUUUGGCGGCGAAGAGAGCUGUGCGCGAGGAGGAGUACGCAAUGCGCAUGGAGCUGGGUCGGGGGCUCACCCAUGCGGAGAAGACUGCUCUCGCUCUCAGAAGGCAGCAUCCGGAGUUAAAGCACGCCUGGGGUGACUUGCAAGCGAAGGUGGAGGUUGUUCAACCGCAAAAGGCCCCACAACCGGAGGGCCUCAAGGUCACCCUCCUGCCAUUCCAGCAGGAAAGUCUCUUCUGGAUGCGAAAGCAGGAGCAAGGACCUUGGUCUGGUGGAAUCCUUGCUGAUGAGAUGGGCAUGGGGAAGACUAUCCAAAUCAUUUCCCUGCUCGUUUCUGACCCUCGGAAGCCCAAUCUCGUCAUUGCCCCGACGGUCGCUGUCAUGCAGUGGCGGAAUGAGAUUGCCUCGCAUACCGAGGGCAUGAAAGUCAUCGUAUGGCACGGAUCCGGCAGAGAAUCGAGUCCAUCAGAGCUGAAGAAAUACGACGUGGUAUUGACGACGUAUGCUGUCAUGGAAAGCGCGUUCCGCAAGCAGCAGAGCGGCUUCAAGCGCAAGGGGCAGAUCGUUAAAGAAAAGUCGGCCUUACAUCAGAUCGAGUGGGCCCGCAUCGUUCUUGACGAGGCGCACAACAUCAAGGAGCGGGCCACGAACACCGCCAAAGCCGCCUUCGAGCUUAAGGGCCAACACCGGUGGUGCUUGUCCGGAACUCCAUUACAGAACCGCGUUGGCGAGCUUUACAGUCUCAUCAGAUUCCUCGGCGGCGAUCCAUUUGCGUACUAUUUCUGCAAGCAAUGCGACUGCAAAUCGCUCCACUGGAGGUUCAGCAACAAACGAAACUGCGAUGAAUGCGGUCAUACGCCGAUGCAGCACACUUGCCUUUGGAACACCGAGGUCUUGACGCCUAUUCAGAAGCAUGGCAUGGUCGGGCCCGGCCAAACGGCCUUCAAGAAGCUGCGGAUUCUUCUCGACCGCAUGAUGUUGCGCCGAACCAAGGUAGAGCGCGCGGAUGACCUCGGCUUACCACCUAGGACGGUCAUCGUGCGCAAGGACUACUUCAGCCCGGAGGAGAAGGAGCUCUAUUUCUCUCUUUUCUCUGAUGCGAAGCGCGAGUUCAGCACCUACGUUGACUCCGGUACCGUUUUAAACAAUUACUCGAACAUCUUCAGCUUGUUGACCCGCAUGCGCCAGAUGGCUUGCCAUCCGGACCUCGUCAUUCGGAGCAAGACGAAUGCGAACAAAUUCAUCGGCGAAGGGGAUAUUGGCGAGGCCACCGUCUGCAGGCUUUGCAACGACAUCGCGGAGGACGCGAUUCAGUCUCGCUGUCGUCACAUCUUCGACCGCGAAUGUAUCAAGCAGUACCUCAACACCGCCGUGGAGCAGACGCCCGCCUGUCCUGUUUGUCACCUUCCUCUCACCAUCGACCUCGAGGCGCCAGCGCUCGAACUGGAAGAUAACUCCAAAAUCCGCCAGGGUAUACUCGGCCGCCUCAACAUCGACACCUGGCGCUCUUCGACGAAGAUCGAAGCGCUGAUCGAAGAGCUGGACAACGUUCGGCGCCAAGAUGCGACCACGAAGAGCAUCGUCUUCAGCCAGUUCGUUAACUUCCUGGACCUCAUCGCGUUCCGGCUGCAGCGCGCCGGCUUCGUGGUGUGCCGGCUCGAGGGGACUAUGAGCCCCCAGGCGCGCGACGCCACGAUUAAGCAUUUCAUGAACAACGUGCACGUUACGGUCUUUUUGGUCAGCUUGAAGGCUGGUGGUGUCGCGCUCAACUUGACGGAAGCUUCCCGAGUGUAUCUUAUGGACAGUUGGUGGAAUCCCGCGGUGGAGUUCCAAGCAAUGGAUCGUAUCCAUCGUUUGGGUCAGCAUCGUCCCGUGCAAGCUAUCAAGAUGGUCAUCGAGGAUAGUAUCGAGAGCCGCGUUGUCCAGUUGCAGGAGAAGAAGUCGGCGAUGGUGGAUGCUACGCUUUCGACCGAUGAUUCAGCUAUGGGUCGUUUGACGCCGGAGGACCUCGGUUUCUUAUUCAGGCUCUAG